GUAGACCCUCCCGGAAAAAAAAACGUUAGAUAUGUCUUUCUGAAGUUUGAAGUCUCCAGUAGAGAAGAAGAAGAUGGAUAUCCAUCAAAUCCAGUCACCACCAUCCAAACGCAACGCCCCUCCUUCCCUCUUCUUCCAGUGCUCAGACCUCAUCCUCCCAUGGCUAACCCCACAAGAGCUAGCCAUAGCAUCUCUGACCUGCACCACCCUCCGCAACCUCUCCAACUCCAUCACUCUCCGCCGCGCCUCCGACGCUUCCAGAUCCCUCGAGCCCCUUCCCAUCCCCUUCCGCAACUCCCUCGACCAACACCCUUAUGCCUUCUUCCUCUAUCAACCCACAUCUUCACCUUCUUCUAAUCUUGUACGACAGUCCUGGGGUUCUACUCACCAGAAUCCAGACACGGAGACAAGAACUGAAACGUCGUCGUUAUGUUUUGUCGACGAAACUGGAAACUGCGCGUCUUCUGGGUGUGGAUGUGAGGAGACAUGUGAGGAUGGUUGUCCGUGUGUUGUUGGCUUUGGUGGCUUCGACGGCGUCGUUUUCGAGUGUGGGCCCAGUUGUGGAUGCGGGUUAAGUUGUGGGAAUCGGGUGACUCAGAGAGGGAUUCGGGUUAAGUUGAAGAUUGUGAGGGAGAGUAGAAAAGGGUGGGGUUUGUUUGCCGACCAAUUCAUCCCAAAGGGUCGGUUUGUGUGUGAGUAUGCAGGUGAACUAUUGACGACCAAGGAAUCAAGACUGCGGCAACAAAUGUAUGAUGAACUUUCAUCUGGUGGUCACUUCUCCCCUGCUCUUUUGGUUGUGAGGGAGCAUCUUCCAUCCAAAAAGGCAUGUCUGAGACUCAAUAUUGAUGCCACAAGAAUUGGAAACGUCUCAAGGUUCAUCAAUCAUUCUUGCGACGGAGGUAAUCUAUCCACAGCUCUUGUUAGAAGCUCAGGCGCGUUGCUUCCACGUCUUUGCUUUUUUGCUUCAGAUGACAUAACAAAAGAUGAAGAGCUUACGUUUAGCUAUGGUGAAACUAGGCUAAACUCCAAGGGUUUGCAGUGCUUUUGUGGAAGCUCUUGCUGUGUAGGUAUAUUACCCUCAGAGCAGACUUAGUUGCUGCUUUGGGCUGUAGCUCUGGAUAAGCUUGCAUUCUUUGAAGCAUACAGGAGAAGAAGAAUCACUGGCAACCCAUGAAGGGGCCCUGUAACCCUGUUACACACAUAUAUCUAUUUGUUGAAUAUCUUCUUUGCCUGGAUAACUUUUUUGUCUCUAUUGCUUUAAGUUCUGCUAUCCUGCAUUCUUAUGUUCUCCAGCUGUUUGGCCUUGCUUUUGGUGCUUCUUGUUCAUUUAUAGAUAAUGUGCCUGUUUUUGAUAUUGGUCUGAAACAUUAGUUAUCUGCUAUUUCACC